CUUUAAUGCAUGGUUAAAUUGUCCACAUCAUUUGUUUCAACCUUGCUCAUAUCACUUUCAAUUCAUGGACUAUAAUAACUAUAACGCUUCUUCAACCACUGAGACAAAAACCAGAGCCAACAAGUUCCUUAACACUGCAGUAAUGAUGAACAAUGACAACCAUUCCUGCCACCAACAUCAUGAAGAAGAAGAAGAAGAAACGCAUUGCUGGUUUGAUGAUGCAUGCAUUCUGGACAUGGACUACUUCGUGAAGACCCUCUCAGGAAUCAAGCAAAAAGGUGUUCGUUCUGAUUUGAUAGGAUCAAUCAUAACUCAUUAUGCUUCCAAAUGGCUCCCUGACCUUUCUUCUUCAACUGACAUCUUUUCUGAUAACAAGGAUCGUCUUACAUCACCGGAGAGUGUCACAGCUUCAUGGCUAAAGAAGAGGUUCUUUGUUGAAACCUUGGUUGGUGUUCUUCCACCAGAGAAAGAUUCCAUUCCAUGCAACUUCCUCCUGAGGCUCCUAAGAACAGCUAACAUGGUUGGGGUUGAGGGAAGUUACAGGUUAGAGCUUGAGAAGCGGAUUUCAUGGCAGCUAGACCAGGCUUCAUUGAAGGAGCUUAUGAUACCUUCGUUUAGCCACACUUGUGGGACACUGCUUGAUGUUGAGAUUGUGAUAAGGUUGGUGAAGAGGUUCGUGUGCUUGGACCAUGAAGGUGUUAAGAGUGGUGCUGCUUUGGUUAAGGUGGCUAAGUUGAUUGAUUCCUACCUUGCUGAGGCUGCUUUAGAUGCUAAUCUCACCUUGUCUGAGUUUGUUGCACUCGCCGGAGCUCUUCCAACUCAUGCAAGAGCCACUGAUGAUGGCUUGUACAGAGCCAUUGAUACUUAUCUCAAAGCACAUCCAAGUGUGGCAAAGCAAGAAAGGAAGGGUCUGUGUAGGCUUAUUGAUAGCAGAAAACUCACACCAGAGGCCUCACUUCAUGCAGCUCAAAAUGAACGAUUACCUGUGAGAGCUGUUAUUCAAGUUCUCUUCUCUGAACAAACUAAGCUAAACCGCCAUUUGGACUGGAGUAGUGGCUCCUUCAGUGGCCUCAGGAGCCCCUGCAAUGGCAGCUUAGACACGCCUUUACGGUGCCUGUCAAAGCGCGAAAUGAGUGCUCAGCAGAUCGAGAUAAGGAAGCUGAAAGAAGAGGUUUAUAGGCUGCAAAACCAGUGCAAUGCAAUGCAGGUGCAGCUGGAGAGAAUGGUGGAGAAGAAGAAAGGUUUGUUCUUCAAGUUGAAGAAGUUUGGUAUUGGUAAUAGAAGCAGCAGCAUUGUGGGAGAGGUAGAGAAGAUUAUGGAACAAGAGAGUGGCAGGUUUGGAAGGGAAACGCCAAUGGACUUAAAAAGUGGUGUGUUAGGUGUUAUGACUCCUCACAAGUGGAGGAAAUCUACCUCCUGAAAAUGUUAAUAAUGAAUCUGAUAAACAUACAUUUGAGGUUGUUAUAUAUUAAUUAAUCUGAUUAACUAGUAUAGUUUAAUGUCCAUGUUCUUUUGUUUGACUUAGGCAUCAGAAAUAAAUAAUGUAAUAUCGAAUCUGAAGUAUAUUUAAUAAAGAUAAAAGAUGUGAGCAUAUCAAAGUUCUCUAG